GAUAAAUUCUACGUCGAGUGCGCCGCCGCGGGGAAGACGACGCAGCUCGCGUACGUCGGGGACGAGCUCGUGGGCGCCAUCGCGUGCAGGCUCGAGCUCACGCCGGAGAAGGACGCCGCGCGGCAGUACAUCAUGAUCGUCGGCGUGUACGCGCCGUGGCGGGACAGAGCCAUCGGCACGCGGCUGCUGAAACACGCGCUCAACGAGGGCAGCAAAGACCCGUUCAUCAAGCAGGCGUACCUGCACGUGCAGACGAACAACGACGACGCGAUUGCCUUCUACACCAGGUUCGGGUUCAAGCGGAACGGCGUCGCGCUGAACUACUACAAGCGCCUGGACCCGCCGGACGCGGCGAUACUCGAGCUCGACUUG